AUGACGGUGACUAGUUCGCUGUUCUCUUUUUUCUUUUUCUCCCAACUUUACAAGUUUUCCAUUGCUGAGACACGGAUGGUUGCUGUAAGAGGUGCACCUCAAGGCGGUACAAGCUAUGGUCUUCCUGAAGAAGGAGGAUUAGAUUGGACAUUGUGUGCCACGAAGUGCUAUCCACGUGUAUUCUUGCCUACGGCGAUGCAAAGUCGCUAUGUUAUUUGUUUUCGGUUGGAGAUGUGAUUCGCGUGAGAAAUGAUGAGAUCGGAUACUCGAGUAGAGAGGAGAGGGUUGCUUUCAAGAUUCAAACUAACGUUGAGAAUUGCACAAUCGAAGCAACAGGCUUACUGGAUGGCACUGUAACUCCUUAUGGUAAGGAUCACAUUAUGAGCUAUGAAAUCGAGACAACUCCCGAGUUCUACAAAAUCAAAUACACUUAUGAUGAUAGCAUGGAUGCAUGUGGGAAUUGGUUUGAGCCAAAACCACAGUGUUCGGUAUAAUA